GGAAGUCUGCAGAAUCUAUAUAUUCCAGUGUCACAAUGUUUAUCUUGUUGAAUGGAAGUCUGCGUCGGAGAUACUUUCCUGUAGUAUCCAAAAAGGGCUCUCCAGCUCAAUUUUAAAUGCAGAAAGGAUGUAUAGAUGUUCUUCCUGUUUAAUGGAUCAUCCUGGUAUUUUUUCAGAGUCUUGUAGUCUUAGCAAAUAUAAGUACAAAUUUUCUAGAUGUGCUAGCUUUAAGAAUUUCUCAGGCCUGAAAAGUAGGGAGUCCUCUGCAGUUGAGCUAUAUUUUACCUUUAGAAGGGCUCUGUCAGAAAGUAUUCUGAUGCUUCCUCUCAGCAGGAAUGAGGAAACCAAUCAGCGAAUUGGGGUAUGCCAUUUGUGCAGAGUAAUGUGGUCAAGGAAGAAUGGGUUAUUAGUUGCUACAGAUAGGUUGCUUAUGAUGAAUUCUCUCAAUCAGGAAAGCCAUCAUGAGAAUUCGUUUUCUUUUGGAGAAGUUCAAUCUGAGAGGGAUAUGAUCCACCAUUCUAGCCCUCUAGAAGAACAUAAAAACCAAGUAAUCCACAAUUUUUUUGAUUUUGUGGAUAGUGGAAGUAUAUCUGAGAAUUCUGUGAUGGCAGAGAACUGGUUUGGUUUAAAGGUUGGACUGGAUGGAAUGGCUUUGGUCUGCACUGAAAGAGGGUGCGACCCCGCCCCUUUAUGUGAGAUAGACCAUACAAACGAAGGCUCUGACAUUCAAGAUGGUGGUGAUCGUGGUAGAGGGGAAGAAGAAGCUCUGGAGCAGAAUCCAGCAGCACAGAUUUGUAUUAUCAAAAGAUGUUGGAAGCAAACCCUGACAAUACUCUUCUGCUCAGAAACUAUGCCAGGUUUUUGCACAAGGUUCAGCAUGACAUGAAAAGAGCAGAAGAAUGCUUCUCCUGGGCCAUAUUGGCAAGCCCUGGGGAUGGAGAGAGCAUGUCACUGUAUGCCAAAUUCAUAUGGGAAAGCCACAAGGAUUUAGCUCUGGCCGAAACUUACUUUGAAAGAGCAGUGGAAGCUGCCCCUCAAGACUGCUAUGUUAUUGCAUCUUAUGAUCAUUUCCUCUGGACCUGCGAAGAGUAUGAAGAGGGGAAUGACCCUACUCCCUACUAUAGAAUUUUAAAUGCAACGGGUCGGCCCAAUUUGGGCUCUGUAAUUACUGUUGCUGCUGAAUAUUUCAUCUAGGCUUUAAGCAGUUAUGUUCAGAUCAUGGUGUUUGCUUGACAAGAUUGGUUUCCAAAUAAUUCCAUAGGAAUUAUGUUUGGCUGCAGCUAUGCUGUUUCUAGAAUUUCUUAUGUUAA